AUGCCGAUCGACACGCCGUCUAAUGGCAAAACACGCCAAAACGUCAGGACUCACAUUACAGCUUGCCAACGCCGUUACGCCAUGCACGCCUCACCGCGCCGCGGCAAAGCCAGGUGCUUCCGUGUCUCAAACCACGACGACGACGACGACGACGACAAGGACGACGACGACGAGGACAAGGACGACGACGACGACGACGACGACGAGGACAAGGACCACCACACUGCCUUGAAGUCUCACUUUACGGUAAACAGUGCAAAGCUUCCAAGCUGCCUCGCAAAACUAGAACAGCUUCGGGCAGUGCACGUGAGUAUUCGCUUUUCUGUUUAUAAUGGGAAGGUUCAGGUGACGUGCAUCCAUCUCAUCAAACUGCUGAAUUGCACGCGGGCAAAAGCCAUGCUGUCAAGCUUCACGCCAGCCAAGCGCAGCAAGGUACUGAAAGAUACGCUCGACGCACCAGUUUUCAAAUCUGCGGACGGCGAUAAAGACCUGACUCUGGCCGUGCUGAAAAGGGCCGUCGCCCAUGCCGAAAAUUAUGGCGUGCACGGCGAGGGUGUGGUGGCCGGUGUCAACAUUACACGUCAGGGCGCCGAAGCAACUACGCGCGCCAUGUGUGGUCUUGGUGAUUUCAAGGGUAUCAAGUGGUGGUGGGACGCAGAUUUCAACAAGUUCAUCCUCACCUGUGCAGAUAAAUAUGUGCAUGGAUCCGCGACGACAGAAUGCGGAGUCCAAACCGCUUUAAUUUCGAAGGCGCACAACAAGAAGACGGGAAAGCCUGGACGAUUGCAAUACUACAGCGACACCUUACUCGAACCUACGCCUUUUGGUCCAGACGGCGCCAUCCUUGUCAAGGACUCCAAGGGCACACCCCACCCUCUGUUGAUUCUUGAGCUCGAAUAUGGCAACCGCGACGCAGCCAGCAUGAAACGACAAGUCACACAAUACUUUGAUACCUUCAAGGACUCGCUACGGUUCUUGAUCAUCAUCAAGGUCUACCAUACCUUUGACUUGGAACCAGCGGUUGAUGAAGCCGCUCAUUUCCGGGCGGGCGUCGUGGUGUAUCAACGUCCGUCGGAGAGUCACGAGGUCACUGUCGCACUAUCCUGGGAUGUGGGUACCCAGCCAUUGACCCAGCAGGCCAAGAGUGCUUGGCGAAACGGUGACUUUUCCAUUACCCUUGACGCCUGGACUCGGAAAGCUGGAAAAGUUGACCCGGGAGACCACGAUGCUCUCUAUUUACGAUACACAGACGACAAUGACAUGAACAUCACCUUACCGUCGUUUGUAUUCCGUGCGCUCAAGUUUGAGGAAGACAAUGCGAACCUGGUGCGGCGGAUCGACGCUGCAAUCGAAGAACGCAACGGCGAGGAUGUCUAUGACAUCAAAGAGAUUAUGAGCGUUGCCUAUAGCAACUUGUUACAUGAAACACGCUAUCGCAGGCAAGCCUAUGCUCUCCUUCGGCAGAUGAGCAUCGAAAGUGCAACAAGAGAUGCAUUGGUGAAAGGUCUUCGAAGCGGGUCCUGCCAUCCGUCCACCGCCAUCUACGAGGCCAUUAUUCACAUCAAGGGUGGCGAGGAUCAGGGACGAGCGUUUUACGCGCAGAACCCUUUCCCCCUGGAGUUCAAACUAUCGCAGAACCAGGAGAGCAGCUGGGCGUUCAAUGCGGAGAGCGCGGCGACGGAAGCAAAUGCCAAUGAUGCAGCACAGAGCGAUGAAGAAGAUGGCACCCAAAACAAUGCCCGCAAUCGCGCCUGCAGCAGAGCAACAAAACACGCCAUGGUCGGUGAAUUCCGGAAGAAACAAAGCCCAAUGCCUCACUGUGCUUCAGGCAGUGUCCAGCUGUCUGGCAAAUCGACGCGAAAGAAGAGCAUCGAGGGUCUCGUACCACCAGACAAACGGCAAGUGCAUGAAGAGCUGGAGCCCCCCGGGUCUAGCGUGCAACGGCGUGUCAUGAGGGCAGCGCGCUUGCAUCAACCAAAGGCGACCAAAGGCGCGUCGCAGGGCAGCGCAAGCUCACAGUAA